AUGACAUACAUUAGUUACCUUUCGGUUUUAAACGCUGGUUUACAAAAUUAUUCUCUUUAUGAACAAAUAAAUGAUACAACUUAUCAAGGUAUUCCAAUUUUUAUAAACUAUACAAUUUGCAAUGCCAUUUUAUAA